GUGUCAGCUGAGCCGAAUGGUUUCACGUGACCCACACAACCAGUUUCAGUCGUACUGCUGAUUUAUACCGAGACGGAAAACUUGCAUAUAAGUAGACUACAUGGCUUAUGAAUAGAAAAGGUUAUUGUCGAACUUCCUUUUCGUAGCAAGAUUGUUCACCUCCAGUUUUUCUACAAAGGCAGCAUUGGACCGUCCUCAUUUCUGCUGUUGUCGACUUCAUCUAGGAAGGGAGUAAACGCCAUUCAAGAUGACUCCGGAGGGGAAGAUGCUGUUGAACAUCAUAAUCCUGGGGUUUGGAUUCAUGUUCAUGUUUACAGCUUUCCAGACAUGUGGCAAUAUAGAGCAAACUGUUAUCAAGAGUUUUAACAGCACACAGUUCCAUGGGAGCGGGUACACAAGCAUGGCCAUCAUAUAUGGAGUGUUUUCUGCCUCCAACCUGAUUGCUCCCUCCGUGGUGGCUGUCAUAGGAGCCCAACUCUCCAUGUUCUUCAGUGGCCUAAUCUACAGUGGGUAUAUAGCCAUGUUUAUCCACCCGUACACUUGGAGCUUCUACACAGCCUCGGUGGUCGUCGGGGUAGCUGCUGCAAUCUUGUGGACAGCUCAGGGCAGCCUACUCACCAUCAACUCCACAGAUGCCACCAUAGGCAGAAACAGUGGCAUAUUCUGGGCCUUGCUGCAGUUCAGCUUGUUCUUUGGGAACCUGUAUAUUUACUUUGCUUGGCAUGGCCACCCUCACAUAUCAGACAAGGACCGCACCACAGUCUUCAUUUCCCUCACGGUCAUCAGCUUGGUGGGCAGCUUCCUGUUCUUCCUCAUCCAGAAGGUGGAGCCGGAGGUCCCAGCCAAUGAGGAGUCCCAGUCCCUGGUGCAGGCGGAGUCGACUGAGACUGCUGUGGUCGUGCCAACCAAAGGUCUGGGCUCCCAGGCAGCGGAUGCUUUCUUCAAAGCCCUGAAGUUGUCAGUCACCAAGGAGAUGCUGCUUCUGAGUGUGUCUAUAGCCUACACAGGGCUGGAGCUGACGUUUUACAGCGGCGUGUACGGGACGUGUAUCGGCGCCAUGACAACGUUCGGGGACGAUGCCAAGAGUCUGAUUGGCCUGUCGGGCAUUUUCAUUGGCAUCGGAGAGAUCUUAGGAGGGGGCGUGUUUGGGAUGCUGAACAAGUGUAACCGUUAUGGGAGGAACCCAGUGGUGCUCCUCGGGAUGAUCACACACUUCGUAGCCUUCUACCUCAUCUUCCUUAACAUCGCCAGCGACGCCCCCAUCGCCCCGGAGGAGGGAACACAGCUACAGGGUUUCAUCACGCCCAGUAUUGAGGUGGCAUUGCUGUGCAGCUUCCUGUUGGGCCUGGGCGACAGCUGUUUCAACACACAGCUGCUAAGCAUUGUGGGAUUAAUGUUCAGAGAGGACAGUGCCCCGGCCUUUGCCGUCUUCAAGUUUGUCCAGUCCAUCACAGCAGCGCUGGCCUUCUUCUACAGUAACUACCUGCUGCUGCACUGGCAGCUGCUCAUCAUGGUGCUGGUGGGCUUCCUGGGCACGCUGUGCUUCUUCGUGGCUGAGACGAUGGUGGUCUCCAGCAGGCGGGACACGGACUACGACAGCAUCUGAUUGG